AAACACAUCCGAAGCAAUGGAUUCUCUUGCUUGGCUCAGUCUUUUUUGCCUUUCAAUUUUUCCUCUUUUAGCUUCCUCCACUUUGCUCUUUCAGGGAUUCAAUUGGGAAUCAAGUAGCAAAGGAGGAUGGUACAACUUGUUGAAGAACUCCAUUCCUGACUUAGCAAAUGCAGGAAUUACUCAUGUUUGGCUCCCUCCUCCAUCUCAAAGUGUUGGUUCUCAAGGGUAUCUUCCAGGAAGACUAUAUGAUCUUGAUGCAUCAAAAUAUGGUUCCAAGGAUGAACUAAAGUCCCUUAUAAAGGAAUUUAAUGAUAAAGGAAUAAAGAGCCUAGCUGACAUAGUAAUCAACCAUAGAACUGCAGAGAGAAAAGAUGAAAGAGGUAUUUACUGUCUCUUUGAAGGUGGGACCCCAGAUGGAAAACUUGAUUGGGGUCCAUCUUUCAUUUGCAAAGAUGACACAACUUAUUCAGAUGGCACUGGAAAUCUUGAUACUGGAGAAGGUUACAAUGCUGCACCUGACAUUGAUCAUUUAAAUCCUCAAGUACAAAGAGAGUUAUCUGAAUGGAUGAAUUGGUUAAAAACUGAAAUUGGUUUUUCUGGAUGGAGAUUUGAUUUUGUGAAAGGUUAUGCUCCUAGUAUAACAAAGAUUUAUGUGGAAAAUACUUCACCAGAUUUUGCUGUUGGAGAGUAUUGGAAUUCACUUUCUUAUGGACAAGAUGGAAAGUGUGAUUAUAAUCAAGAUAAAGCUAGAGGUGAACUUGUGAAUUGGGUUGAAUCUAGUGGUGCUGGUGUUGUUAAUGCAUUUGAUUUUACUACUAAAGGGAUUCUUCAAGUUGCUGUUGAAGGAGAACUUUGGAGGUUGAAAGAUUCGAAUGGAAAACCACCUGGUUUGAUUGGUUUGAAACCUGAAAAUGCUGUUACAUUUAUUGAUAACCAUGAUACAGGUUCUACUCAGAAACUUUGGCCAUUUCCUUCUGAUAAAGUUAUGCAGGGUUAUGGUUAUAUAUUAACACAUCCUGGGACACCAUCAAUAUUCUAUGAUCACUACAUAGAAUGGGGGCUAAUGGAGCCAAUAAAGAAAUUGACAGCUAUAAGGAAAAGGAAUGGAAUUACAGCCACAAGCAGUGUAAAUAUUUUGGCUGCUGAGUCUGAUCUUUACAUGGCUGAGAUUGAUAACAAAAUUAUUGUAAAGAUUGGACCCAAGUUGGAUCUUGGAAACCUUCUUCCAUCCAACGCACAGGUCGCUACCAAUGGACAAGACUAUGCUGUAUGGGAACUUAAGUGAAGCAUCUCACUAUUUACUAAUAUGAAAUCAAAAUAAACAAUAAAUAAUUUUGCAUUGUCAUGCUCCAUUGUAUAAGAUCUCAAACUCAAAAACAUACCUUUGAUUUGGUAAUAUCUUACACAUAUCUUUUUUUCAAUA